CAUUGCUAGACAGCUAGCUAAGUUCCAUUCUAUUCAUGCUCAUAAUGGCUGGAUCCCAAAGUCUAACUUGUGGCUGAAGAUGGGAAAAUACUUUAAGCUUAUCCCGACAGAGUUUGAAGAUGAAAACAUGCAAAACAGGUUUUUGGAAGAAGUCCCAAGCCAUGAAGAACUGAAACUGGAGAUGACUUGGAUGCAGGAAUAUCUUUCCAGCUUGAACUCUCCUGUUGUACUCUGCCACAAUGAUCUGUUAUGUAAAAAUAUAAUCUUUAAUGAAAAAGAAGAAAGUGUGCACUUCAUUGACUAUGAAUAUUCAGGGUAUAAUUACCUGGCCUUUGAUAUUGGAAAUCAUUUCAAUGAGUUUGCAGGAGUAAAUGAAGUUGACUACAGUCGUUAUCCUGAUAAAAAACUGCAGAGAAGUUGGUUACGAUCAUAUCUCAAAUCUUACAAAGAAUUUAAGGGACUUGUUACAGAGGUCACUGAGAAAGAGAUAGAGAUACUCUACAUUCAAGUCAAUCAGUUUUCACUGGCUUCUCAUUUCUUUUGGGGAUUGUGGGCCUUGAUCCAAGCUAAAUAUUCAACUAUUGACUUUGAUUUCUUGGGAUAUGCACUUCUUCGCUUUAAGCAAUAUUUUAAAAUGAAGAAUGAAGUCACUGAACUAAAGUAUCCAGAAUAGAACUGCUGAUCGUUUAUUCUUACAGGAUUCUUAAGAAAAUUGAACUAUUUCUGGAAGCCAACAUAGCUUGACUGGUGAAGCAAAACAUACCUUCAACAAAAAUGUGAAUGGAUUUCAGAUUGUAGAAAUCUAACUUGUGAUCACAGCAGCUUAGUUUUUUUUUCCAAAGCAAAACCAGAUAUAGACUUACUGCUAUUUUAAAUUUCCACUUUUUGUAAAUGUGCUGCUUUUAACACAUUUAAGAUGACUGAGCCACCAGUAUACAACAUGUUGUGGGAAUUAAAAUUUUUCCAAAGGAAGAAUCAUGUUCUUGAUGACCAUAUCCUAUGGAUUUCCUAUCAUGCAAUAUUGUAAAUGUUUAUGUAAUUUAUAUCAGAAUUACCUGUUACCUUUUGUAAGCUCAUUCACUGGAUGGCCUUUGUUUUCACUGUACGUCCUAGUGCAUUGGCAGUUGAUUGCAAUGAAUCAAACUGAAAAUCAUUGCAAGCACUGUAGUGUUGCAUUUUCAGCACUGUACCCACCAUAUUUCUAAAUACUGCACUGGCUUGAAACGAAUUGGUAGGAGCAAAAGAAGUGUACAGUUUUAGAGAUCAGAGUAAUUCAUUCCAUACGAUGAGACUGUUGAUCAUAUGUAACUUUUCUGCACACUAGAACUUGCUUGAGAAAGAUUUUUAAUGGAUCUGAACUAGACAGUAAGAGUGGCAUGUUUAGCAAGCAUUGUAUAAUGCUGCAAAAAAGUUUAUAAGGGGAACAUAGUGCUUGCUUUAAUGACUUGUAUUCAUUUGAUGCACAUACUAAAGACCAACAGUUCUUUAUUUUGAGUUUUCAGUUAUUUGUUAAUAUUUAAGCUAAAAGGAGCAUAUUUUUAAUUAAACUGGAAUGCAGAUCUUCCCUGCCACAUUAUUACAGUUUCUUCUGUGUUAGCUGUAGAAAUUAUAAUAAGCAUUUAAUUUAUGUAAGUUUCUCAAUGAGUAAACAGUGUGUUGGUUAA